AUGGGAGCGUUUACAAAUUGCAUGAAAGAACAAAAGGAGAAUCAAACGCCUAAUUUGCAAAGAUGUUUCGUUGAAGCAACAGGUCUGUGUAAGAAGGCGCCGUUGAGGAUUAUAAAAUUUAUACGUUUAAAGAUGAAAGAUGCAGCAAAGUUGUUAUUAUUAUAUCCCAAUUUGAAAAUAAUUCAUUUAGUAAGAGAUCCUAGAGGUAUAAUGAACUCUAGAUUCAAAAUUCAUAUGGCGUCAGAGGAUAAAAUAAAAUCUCAAGCAGACAGACAUUGUACAACAGUUUAUGAAAAUCUGAAAAUUUCAAAAGAAAUAACAUCUGAAUUUCCAGGCAGACUAAAAAUCAUUCUCUACGAGGAUUUGGCUGAAAGACCUCUGGAAACUGCUCAGGCUAUGUUUAGAUUUUCAGCAAUACCAUUUAGUGACUAUAUACGAACAUCCAUCGAAGGGCAAACGAGCGCUCAACGAAAUUCGGGAAAAUACACGACUCUUAGAAGAAAUUCAACUGUCACUGCAAAUACAUGGAGAAAGCAAAUAAGAUUUAAAGUUCAAAAAAUUGUAUAUAAUUCAUGUUUGAAAAGCAAUAAAAUUCUUGGGUACCUUCCGCUAUCAUCUGAAAAAGACUUAAGAAACUUAACUGUUGCGUCUAGAAAGAAACUCGAUGUCAACACUGAACUUUUGAAAAGUAAAAUCAAGUAUUCCUCUUAAUCGUGAAUAAGUUGAUUAACGAAAAAUAUAUUUCGGAUAGUUGUCUUUCAUUGUCAUAUAUCGUGUUGGAGUCGAGGGAAAUGAAGUGUUAUAAGAAU